AUGCUGCGACCUGCGACACCGUUGUCGGUGCUUCUCUUCGCGGCAUUCUGUCUACUGCUCCUCUCGUCUUUGUCGGCUCCGGUUAUCAGCGCUAUUCCGCUGGGUCAGUGGAUGGGCGUUGACUUUGGAGUUUUUGGUUUCUGCAAUGGCGGGAGCUGCACCCCUAUAGAGAUCGGCUACGAUGUUCAACAACUCAGCGCCGAUGGCUUUGACAUCCCCGCGGGGACGCGAACUACCCUGACCACUCUUCUCGUCAUCCACCCGGUCGCCGCGCUUCUGACGCUGAUCAUGUUCGUCUUGGCUGUUGUUGCCCACUUGCAUAGCCCGGCUCACUCGGGUCGAUACUUGUUAGCCUUGUUCAUCUUUGGCAUCUUCACCUUCCUGGUUUGCCUCUUGAGCUUCCUGGUCGAUGUGCUCCUCUUCGUGCCGCACAUGGCGUGGGGGUCCUACAUCGUUCUGGCUGCUACGGUUUUGGUUGCCAUCAGCGGGCUGGUUUCGUGUGCUAUGCGUAGGACGAUCGUUAGCAGAAAGGCCAGGAAGCAGCGCAUCGCUGAAAAUGCAGAGAUGAGUGGAGAGAACUACUAUAAUCGGCAGUUGCAACAGGCUCCUCCUGUGUCCACUAGCCCUGCACCCCAGCAGCCUACUGUCGCGAUGCUCAGCGGUGCCAACGGAAGACCAGACGCCCUCCCCGAAUUUGCUGCAUUCGAGAAGAAGGAUGAUCGAAGCAGUGAUGAGAGGGUGCCGCUCACCUCGAUGAGCUCGACUGACCGAUCCCCAAACAACAACUACGCGACAGAUGGCUCGACCACUUAUGUCAACGAUACAGGUCCUAAUCCGUCGGACAUCACGGCACAAAGGUCCAUGACCAACACUCCGGGCUCGCGAGGUUAUGCUGAUCCCUCGCCUGGUCCUGACGGGUAUCCUAUGAGGGCACCCUCUUACGAACGGAUGAAUUCGAGAGGGAGAGGCGGAGGUCCUCCAGGAGGCUACAGAGGUCGCGGAGGAUACCCGGGGUCCGGCAGGGGUGGUUACAAUGGAUAUGGGCCAUCACCAGGAGGAGGGCGCGGGGGGUAUGGCGGUCCGCAGGGCCGUGGUGGUCACGGCACUCCGCCGAGUGUCAGGGGUGGGUAUGGUCCACCUCCACCCCGUGGUGGCGGUGGACGGCCUCUUCCGCCAAGCUAUCGGGGAACUCCCGGGCCUUACGACAGAAGACCAUCACCAGCAGGUCCAUACGGGCCCGGGCCAGUCCCAUAUGAUGCCCGGCAGCCAUCACCAGGCCCGCCGUCCGCGCCUGGAUAUGUCAGCAGAUCGGCCUCGAAUGUGUCGGCUGGAGGAUACAAUGCUUACCACCCCAACAACCGCGACAGCCUUCCCAGGGCAGAGUCGCCACCACCGCUCCCAGGAAUCGACGAUGGCAUUCCCACCCGGGCCGUGGAGAUGGAUGCGACGGGUAGCAACCGUGGCGUGGGACAAUAUGGAAUCCGGGAUAGCGAUUCCGAUGUUGCGGGUAUGCUAGCCAUGCAGCAGGCGAGGUUAUCACCAGGGGCGAGACAUGACACGUAUGUCAGUGACGCCAGCAGAUAUAGCCAGGAUGACACCGCAUAUGUCCCCCCUAGGCAAGCCUGGAAUCAGAAUCCGGUCAGGACCCCUUCACCACUUACAGCUGUUUCCACUCGGCCACCUUUUGAUCUCAGGGGCGGUCCUGGCCCUAACCUCCAACCUCCACAACAGCAGCAAGCAAACCCAGGGCUAAGACCGGCCCCUAGUGAGUACUACGAGGAUGUGGACCCUCGCUUCGCCGAGCCUGCGCCUCCCGCAGCUAGUAAUUCACCCCGGCCAAGAACACCUCCUCUGCAGCCCCUACAGUUGGCUAACUCAUACGAGGACAUUCCCCAGGGCGCCCGCAGCCCGGCCGAAUCUGAGCGGUCUAAUUUCACGUCUAUUUCGCAGCGCGGGAUCAACCCUCGGUGGCAGCCACCACCAGAGAUGCCGCAAAUGAUACCCCGGCGACCAGUUGGGAAUAACGGUCCCCGCCCUGCCGAUCUACUUCUUAAUUCCAAUCCAGACUUUGAACUACCCACACGAGGAGGGGGUAAUCCGAGAUGA